AUGCUCCUUGUUACGCUGGCCGCUGACCCCUUCUGGCGCGCAGUCCAAUCCGAUACUGUACUUCACUAUGUGGCAUCCGAUACUGAUCGUUCUUUUGAGCCGUCGUGGGAUCGCAUUUGCAUUCGUGCUUUUUGGCUCGAUUUCGCUGUCAUGCUGGCCGCGCCGGGCCGUGUUUGCUGGCGUUCUGCAGUCUGGUGCUGCGGCGCCCCGUCGUGGAGGGCCUCGUUGGCCGUGCCCCGCCGGGUCUGGACCUCGCCCCGGCCGCUCCAGCGCGCCAUGACCGACCAGGGGGCCCCGUGCGGGAGAACCGUCGCGGGAGAGGCUUUCGCUGCAGCCGGGUGCCAAAAACCAUCCGAUGUGUUGUCUCGCGUGCUACAGGCCCCGGGCCGCUCGAUCGUUUUGCCGGUUCUCCACGCGGAUGUUGUCGUGUCUCCUGCUCACUCGUUGCAUACGUAUUUGCAGCAGCUGCGGGCGGUGAUCCGCACUGUCGAAGUGGCCAAGCCACAGGCACAAGGUGCUAUGCGGGCGUUCUACGUUCUGCCUGAGACAGCACCGGUCCCCGCCUUGAAAAUGGCUCUUGGUCUCGGUGGCCGUGUGUUGGAGGUUCCAGAUGCGGUUGAGGAGCGAUGUCGCGCGCUUCCCCGAAGCGUAGCUGGCGGCAACAUCAAGGAAUGGUACUUACAGUCGCGGCGGAGCUACCAGGAGUUGGUCCGCCUCGGUUUGGCUCCCAGGUUCUACGGUUUGGUGAUAUACGUGGUGAAGGCCUUGCCUCAGACUGUUCACAGACUGUACCAGGGCACGGCGGCCCCGCUGACGGUGCAUUCUUCCGCUGUUCCUGCAGGAUACUACGACUUCCCGAGCUUCGUCGCGGCGUACUUUCAGUUGGAUAUCGGCUCCGCCAUGGACGCGAUGUUCCCGCCUCCCGCUGCUGAAGCGGCGGUGCACUCCCAGGCCGCCCAUUAUUGGGCCGUCUGGUGUCAGUACUCGUUUUACGGAGACAGCAUUGUGACAGUGCUGGGGGUGCAGGACGUCAACGGGACACCCGUGGCGCCCCUGCCGUGGUUGCUGGACUCUCCAUGGGCCAGGGAGCACUGCCGUCAGGAGGAGUGGAUCUCCGCGCCGGAGCUCGGGUGGAUCUUCCUGACGUUGCUGAUGCGCGUCAUUUUCCUGGCGAGCGUCGUUCACGAGGAGUUCCUCUUGGGGGACGUGCACGGCGGAAAUCUUUGCGUCACCGUCCACAGUGAGGCCCGCCUGACGGAGUUGAAGCCCGUUUGGAUCGACUUCGGCGGGUCCCUGCUGUACGCCGAGGUUGCGACGCUCCAGCUGGCAUGGCGGGCCUUCGACUUGGGCGCCCGGGUCGACGCGGGUUUCGGCAUCAGCGGCGCGCAGGGCUCCAGCAGCGUUCCGGGGCCUUUCCAGGGCCAGGAGCUCGCGCACAUGCAGGGAGUCUUGCAGGACCUUCUCGAUGAUAUGAGUGCGGAAGGCCGGUUGAGCGGAAGUGUGUCUGUGGAGAACGUGGCGGCGGAGUCUGCCAUCCGCGCCAGGCACUUGCAGUUUUGCUAUUACUUCCUGGGAGAAUUCUUCGACAGACUGCAGGCGUCCGGGCCGACUGCCGGGUCGUCGACGUCAGGCGGGGGCUUCGAUUCCCCCCAUGGCAUGUGGAAUUUCCGCCAUGCGGAGGCCGUGCUGUGCGACAUCAUGUCGGAGCCGCGCGCCAGGGCCUUCAUGAGGGUUGCCCGUCCUCGGCCUGCGCCGGCGGCCGCCAGUUUCCGGGGGCUCGUGGGUCUCGCGCGGGCCCCCGUUGACAGCAGGAAGCGCACUUGUGCCUCGAGCGGCCCGGCCCAGAGUCGUGUCCGGGCUGCUGCGGGCGCCUCUGCCGUCGACCGACGGCCCGUCGAGGCACAGGCAGAUGGCAAUGCCACGAUUGCAUUCGAGUUCCUCCGGCGCGGUGCAGGCGCGAGCGCAGCUGGGAUCGCCGGGCAGUUUGCAGAGGGCGAGGUACCCGGGAAGGAUGACGUCAUCCGCGCGCUCCUACUCUUGGGCACUCCGCCCGGAGAGCUCAUCGGCGCCCGGGGUGGAACUCUCCGGGAGCUGCAGGGCCUCCUCGCAGAGCGAGCCGCCGAGUGGCACGAGGCGUGCAGACAGGCCCCGUCCUUGUUUGGUCGUUGGCGCAGCCUCCCCUCGCCCAGGACUCACCCUGGAGAUUGGGAGAACGACCUCUUCGGUCCUGGGGGCAAUUCAACUGCUGUGUCGUGGCGCGACCCUGCUGGGGGGCAGACGGCCCCCCCUUCCAAGGAUGACUUCAGGCGAAUCCUCGUGCGCGCUGGCGUGCACGGCUGUUGCGCGGCUGCGAUGGCGAGCGUGUCGGGCCGGGUCGCCCUGCGACGGGCCUUGAUGCUGGCCGCUGUGCUGAGCUGUGUGGACGCACUCGGUUGCCGUAUCUUGCUGUUCCACAUCGCCGCAGUCCUGCUGUUGCCGUGGGAGCGCUUCCACGGCGGCGACUACUGGGACGUGGUGGAGAACGUGCUGGUCGACCGUCGUCGACCAGACCGGGGCAGGCAGCCGCAGCAUCAGGCGCCCCGGACUCUCACCAUCCGCGUGGCCCAGUGGCUCCACCACAGCCACGUGCACGCAGGUCACGCGCCUCGCGUCGCGUGGGAGGACCUCCGCCGCAGCAUGCUCAAGUAUCAACAGAAAGGUAAAGUGAAGGCUUCCCGCCGCUAG